AUAGGUCCGUUUAAUUUAUUUAUUUUAUUCCAUCUUCUUUGUAACAGUCGUGUGUUUGGUGGUGUUCCGUCCCAAGAAAAUUAUUUCCAUCUCAUCACCUACAUAUUUUCGGUUGUUACAAAAGAAAAUUCACACACAAUUAAAUCGGCAUUUUAGAAAAUUCUAUUUUUUCAUUUUUUUUCUCGUAAUUAUGGGGUUUCUCCAUAAACUUUGGGACGAAACACUGGCCGGACCGCCUCCGGACGCCGGCCUCGGCAAGCUGCGCAAAUAUAACUCUUUCUCCGCCUCGAGAUCCACCACCGCCCUGCCCCAAUUCGACGCCAACCAGGCCCGGAUCACCCGGAGCAUCACCGUCGUGCGACGUGAUGCUCUACGUAACCUAAACCUAAAUGUCGACGUCGGAUCACCGUCGACACCUUCCUCCGCCACCAGCUCCACCCCUAGCUCUCCGUUCUCACCAAAUUCUCCAGGAGGGAAUUUUAAGAAAUGGUUGAGGAAGAAACCGACAACGGGUGGAGGAGGGUUGCACAAUUCCGACCAUGAGAGAUUCUGAUCGUAAAUUCUUUGGAUCGCUGAGUUUAUUUCAAAGAGGAAGUGAUGAAUUUGUUCAAAAAAAUUAUAUAUAUGUAUGUAUGUAAAUAAGUUAACCUUUUUGGGUAAGUUUUGCAUGUAAAAAUUAAACCAGAUGAUGGAGAAAAUGUAAAGGAAAGAAAAAAAUCAUCUGUUUAGGAUCUCUAAGUAAUGCUUCUGAGAAGAGUAGAGAGAGGGAAAGUCAAGUAACUAUUUUAUUCCUCAUUUAUGGGGAUUUUUUUUUUCUUUUGGAUUUAUUUUGUCAUUUUAAUUGACAAUUAGGGAGUUUCUUUUAUAUACUAUUGUUUGGGGGGGAUUUGAUUCAUGUACAUAAGGUUUUUUUUUUUUUGGGUUGUAAAUAUGUGAUUUUUUGUAUUUGGACCUCUCUCAUGAAGCAGUAUACCUGUUUGUCUCUUUAAUAAUUGGCCAUAGAAAUUUUACAAUGUUAUUAUUGUUAGCUAUGUAUGUUGGAUUUACUAGUUCAAUUUA